AUCACUCCACAAUCUCCCUUUGCCGUCUCUCUCACUCUCCUCCAUUUCACCUUUUCCAGAAAUGGCUUCCGCCUCUUUGAUCCACCGCUCGAAUGUUCAAAUUUCUCUGAGAUACGGCUCGGGAAUUUCUAGGGUUCGAACAUCUUGGCCGUCUCCAAUUCAUUUCGCUUCUUCUUCUAUCCGCCAUGCUGCUUUCUCUUUCACCUCGGAUGUUGGAAGUCGUUGUCACUGCAUUCGGUCUCAUCGGAUACAAUGCUUCAAGAAGGCUGGUGAGAAGGACAUCAAACUCGCAGAAGAGUUGCAGUUAGAUGGUAAUCAAUCAUGUGAUGAAGUCAGUAACAUCAAAAAUGCUGAAUCAGAUACUUCUUUAGGUCAUCAAAAUGGUACUAUAAAUCGACAAGCAUCCAUCAGAAUUGUCACAUUAUGUGUUCUUGCAGCUGUUAUAUUUGGUAUUGUUCUAGGAUUAAAGGAUGGACUUGACAAGGCAUCAGAGUUUUUUGCAGGCAGUUAUAUAUUGGAACAAAGUUUAUCAGUGGACAAUCUCUUUGUCUUUGUCUUGAUUUUCAAUUACUUCAAAGUACCAAUGGAGUAUCAGGGUCGGGUGCUUUCAUAUGGUAUUGUUGGUGCAAUAUUAUUUCGUGCUAUAAUUAUCUUGUUAGGAACUGCCUCUAUUCAGAGAUUUGAGGCGGUAAAUUUACUGCUGGCCUUGAUUCUUCUGUUCUCAUCAUAUAAGUUGUUUUCUGCUAAAGAGGAAGAUACUGACCUUGCUGAUAACUUCAUUGUUAGAACAUGCCAGAGGUUUAUCCCUGUUACGGGUCAUUAUGAUGGUGAUCGGUUCUUAACCAUUGAAGAUGGUGUUUGGAAAGCUACACCGCUACUUCUCACUGUUGCUGUCAUUGAGCUUAGUGAUAUUGCCUUUGCUGUUGAUUCAAUUCCAGCAGUUUUUGGGGUUACAAGGGAUCCAUUCAUAGUCUUUUCUUCAAAUCUGUUUGCUAUUUCAGGUUUGCGAUCAAUUUAUGCUCUUAUUUCCGUGAGCAUGUCGGAGCUGAAAUAUUUGCAGCCGGCCAUAGGGGUCGUGUUGGGGUUCAUAGGAGCAAAGAUGAUUUUUGAUUUCUUUGGCUAUCACAUAACAACUGAGGUUUCUCUGGGCUUUGUUGCUGCUAGCAUCAGUUCAGCAGUUCUGUUGAGUAUUCUUGAAAAAUCCAACUCUGAGUAGGAAACUUGUAAGUUCUUCAGAUUCUGUGUUCUUCAAUCUAUUCCUUGUUGUUGUACAAAAUUUGUUCUUUGUUUAAUGUAUUAAAU